GCAUUAUUAAUGUUAAUACUUCUAGUAAUGAAACGUUAAGCAACAAUAACAUUAGUAUAAACUCUAAUAGUGAUACAGAAUAUGAUAAUAAAUUGAGCACUAAACCAAAAUCCAAAAAAAAUGAAAACAAAAAAUCUCCAAAUGGUGAGCGGGAAUGUGGACAAUUAAUUAAGACUCAAGGCUCUACUGGUAACUUCCAAUCACAUCUAAACACAUAUGGAAUUACUAAACCUAUUGAAAAAAACAACACAGCUCAUGCUGCUAAGCAAAAUCCUCGUCAAAAUGAAUCUAUUGAACAUGCUUUGGUCAUCUGGAUUAUUACAAAUUCACAACCUCUUCAUGUCUUGCAAAUAGAAUGUCUUAAAGCUUUCUUUAAAACAGAACUUAAAACAUGUAGUUUAACUUGUGACUUGUGGACUGCUUGUUCAAAAAGUGG